GGGGCAGAUGAGACGUGGCAGGCAAACUGUGUUUCUGUGAGUGUGUCCGUGUGUGUGUCUCCUCGUGCUGUUUGGAGAUGCGAUGGCUGACGGGCUGUGCUGUGUGAGCCCUGUGCUGCCACUGACACCCCCGUUCUUUGCGAUUUUACAGCUUUGUCAGCGAUGAGACGUAGCAGUAACACUUAGCAAUGGGUGACGUUUUAGCCUACGAAGCUGAAUUACUUGGACUGGUGAGAGAGUAUUUGGAUUUCGCAGAAUUUGAAGAAACAGUGCAAGUAUUUAAAAAGGAAUGUAAAAUAAAAGGGAAACAACUACCUAAACCAGCAAAUGUUUCCUCAGAAGAUCCAGUGCCUGUUCAGGAAGAUCUGCUUGCAGCAUUUGAAAGUGGUGAGCAGAAAGUUUUCUUCCAGCUCUGGGAGGAGCACGUUUCGUCUUUGGUGCAGGACAAUGACCUGGUUGCUCAGAAGUUGGAGUUCUAUCUUCACGUACACUUUGCCACCUUCCUCUUGAAACACACUAGGGGAAAGCCUGACAAAGCUAAACUUAAGGAAAGGAUUUCACAUUUUAAGGCAUACCUGGAAACAAAAGGAGCUGCCCUGAGCCAGACUACAGAGUUUCUUCCCUUCUAUGCUUUGCCUUUUGUUCCAAACCCCAUGUCACACCCUUCUUUUAAAGAACUUUUCCAGGAUUCUUGGACGUUGGAUUUGAGGACAAGAUUGGAAGAGUUCCUGUCUCUGACUCUCAAAGUCAGACAGACUCCUCGGCUUCUCACUUUAUUUAAAGAGAGUGGACAGUGCAACAAAGAAAUGUUGCAACAUCUUCAUCAACAGUUAGUGGAGUCUGAGCAGAGGACCAUGAUCUACCUGAAACGAUUUAACAAAAUGCAGGCAGACUACCACAAUCUCAUUGGAGUCACUGCAGAGCUGGUGGAUUCUUUGGAGGCCACAGUCAGUGGCAAGAUGAUCACGCCAGAGUAUCUUCAAAGUGUUUGUGUUCGCCUGUUCAGCAAUCAGAUGAGACAAAGUGUAGCACAGAGUAUCGACUUCACCAGGCCUGGCACUGGAUAUUACUCUAUGAGCCCUUGUGAUGACGGAUAUGCUUCCACAAUGUUAAGAGCAUCUUUAGCCCCUGUGAAGAUGCAGGAUGUGCCAUUGUUGCCCUCUUUGGAUUAUGAGAAGCUGAAGAAGGAUUUGAUUACAGGGAAUGAUCGUCUCAAGGCCUUCUUACUGCAGGCUCUGCGCUGGCGCUUGACAACAUCAUAUCCUGGAGAACAGAGAGACACUGUCCUGCAAGCCUACAUCAGUAAUGAUCUCCUGGGCUGUCACAGCAACUGUCAGAGAAGUGUCCUCAAAUUAUUAAAUUCCAAGAGUGAGGUAGUCAGACAGUAUAUGGCAAGACUCAUCAAUGCUUUUGCUUCACUGGCAGAAGGUCGUGUCUACUUUUCUCAGAACCCAACAGUGCUGCGAGUGCUGGAGGAGAGACUGAAAGCUGAAGACAAGGAUUCCCUUACAUGGGAGACUGUUCUGGGGGCUCUGCAGAAAUUCAGCCUCAGGCGUGCACUGCAGUCUGCGAUGAUCAAAGAUGGGCUCAUUUUCUGGCUGAUUGAUGUUCUAAAAGAUACAGAUUGCCUGUCUGAUUACACCCUGGAGUAUUCUGUUGCCUUGCUCUUGAAUCUUUGUCUGCGGAGUGCAGGGAAGAAAAUGUGUGCAACGAUUGCAAACCAUGUGCUCAAAGUUCUCUCUGAUCUUCUUGGCCAUGAGAAUCAGGAGAUCCAAACAUAUGUGAAUGGAAUACUGUACAGCAUCCUUGUCAUCCCUUCUAUCCGAGAAGAAGCCAGAGCAAUGGGAAUGGAAGAAAUUCUGCGCUGUUUUAUCAAGGAAGGAAAUGCAGAGAUGAACCGACAGAUUGAAUUUGUUAUCAAGCAACUCAAUUCAGAAGAGCCAUUAAAUGAUGCUGUUGUGUCUGAUGAUGAAGAGAAAGAGGAGGAUGAGGAAGAGGACUAUGACGUCCUGGAGGAUCUGGACAAAGAUGAGGUUUUGCAGCCUCAGCUGGGAGAGCUUGCAGGAGAGAAGCUGCUAACGACCGAGUACUUGGGAAUAAUGACUCACACUCCAAAAACUAAGAAGAAGCUGUUUUCUAGUGCCCGUCAAAGUAUAGAUGAGCCUCUCCAGAGACCUGUGACACCAGGUUAUCACAGAACUGCCUACCUAAUGCCAGAAAACGAUACCAGUUCUUGUCACGACAGGGAUGAGAAGCUGCAGUCUCCACUGAGUGGUCGUUCUCCCGUUUGUGGUGGGAGCCAGUCCAGCAUUUCUGACCUCUGCAUUUCCCCUUCACCAACUGAAAUGAAGUCACCUGAAGUACUCUCACCAGGCCACAGAAUGGACCGAAGCAUCCCAGCUGAUGACAAUAUCUUGUCUUCCCAAGACUUCACCGAGGACAACAAUGGGCAGUUGUAUAGCGAGUUUCUCUCAGCCUUCACCAGCAAACCCAAGAUCCCUCGCACUCCUGAAGAGCAGAGUACCAGCCCUAAAAAGGGAAAGGUCCCGGCCAUUGCCCCCCAGUUCUCUCAGUCUGGACCCCAACAAACAAGCCGUCCCAGCUCCUCAGGAUCAUCCAAAGGAGCGGACAGAGCAGCCAGUCCUACAGGAAGUGAGAACAGUUCCUUUCCUCGAGAAUCACCUGUCACAUUGUUGAAGGACAAAGCCAGCUUCCUGUAAUGAGCUUUACUGGUGACCUACGGAGCAGAGAGUGAGGUUGUUGACACCACAUGGCAUUCGCCUUGCACUGAUUCCGGGAUUAUCUGAUGGGAUGUGUCUGUUGUGGUCUCUAAAGCUGGCUAAGACAAGGACCUUGUUAUUACAGUUCAAGGUCUCAGCAGCAGCCCAGGACUGAUAUGGGACAUGGAUAUAGUCCCAGUUCUCUGAUAGUUUACUCUAAAGUGACAUUGUCACGCUGAGAAGAGACUCUUGCUCUCUGCCUUCUGUGUCAGAGUAGAUGGCCCUUGGAGACAGUAUGUAGGGCUCUGCACAGGAGUCUGACCAAAAUAUGUCUUUUUAACAUAUUGUUUGCUGACACAGCCUGUCACUUGUUGUUUUUCAAAUUAUGCUUUUGUGAGUGAGUUGGGAGAUAUCUGUGUUAAAAGGAUCUUUGCUAGGAUGGACAGUGUACCUCAUGUGCAGAGCCUUUACUGCCUGAAGCGGUGAUGUGGGGUGAGAUCUGGUUGACCUAUAGCAGAUGAAAAACACUGUGACAGUGUCCAAGGCAGCAUCCAUGUUCACCUCUGAGGAUCUGAUCAGCAGCUUUAACUACAGCAAUUAUUCCUGUUCCUUCUUUCUAAUUUUUUUCUUAAUUCUAUUGUUUAACAUUUGUGGAGUGAAUAAUCCAUUUUUUUCCAGUGGAACGAAGAGCUUUCCUUCUUCUUCAUAGAAGAAACCAUGAGAAUGUGAAGAGAUCAGAAGCAGUUUUCUCUUUACAUGUAACUGUGGUCAAUCUUCUUUGUUCUUUGUUGGGGUUUUUAAUGUUCUUUACUUCAGAGCAAUGUCUGGUUUUGUCUUCAUGGAAUUUGUGCUGGUCUUUGGUGAAUAUGAAGUGCUGGCUAGGCAAGAGAGAUCAGGAAGCCUUCCACUAAAUAAAAAACACAGCAGUUAGUUUUGCCAGUGGUUACAAA